CAGCGUCACUGCCCUUGUAGGCAGGUGGUGGGUAAAGGCUGGCCAGGGUAUGUCUCUGCCAGAUCUCAGUUUCCCCACCAUCUGCUGGAGGCUCCAGUUGCCAGCUGCAUCGUGCUGCUGCAGAGGGAGGCCAGGAGAGGAGUCUGACAUGCCGGAGCAGGGGAAGAGGUGCAGAGGCUGGUCACCAUCUCCCCUGCCAUCAGUCAGGACAGCCGUCUGAGGGAGCUAGGUGUACCUUAGGAACACUACUCUGGCUUGGUUGGGGUACCCAGGCCACCAGUGGGGAAUGGAGGCCACUCCAGAAGCCAGAGAGAGUACCAUGUGGAUUAACCCACCUUCCCACCCCUCUGUCUAUGGGUGCCCCUGCAUGCAAAUCAUAAGGGAUAAUUAUGCCUUAGUUGUCUGCUGAAUCUCCCCCUGGCAUACCUGGCCUGAUUUGUCUCCCCCAAAGAGAGGAGGGGAGGCCCUCACUUGCUGCCCUCCUCCUCAGAUCCUUCCCCCAAGAGACCCAGAACUGACCCGCAGAGUGUUUGCAGGAUUUUAGGGGCUUCAGCCAAGCCCCAGUGACAAGAUGAAGAACAAGUAUCCCAGACAAAGGGAGUGGCUGUGGUUUUGGCCGCUCAGUGAGAAUACCUGUGUACCUCAGCCCCUCUUGUCCAGGUCUCUGGUUUCGAAGCAGUGGAGUUGAACCACAUGUCCACUGUUGGUCCUUAUCCUAGUGGCCAAGGGGAGGGUUAAACUCCCCAGACUUCUCUGAGGACACAGGGUUUGGCUCCAGAAUCCCCCCUCUGGACAGAGAAGCCCCUCGAGAGGGUGAGUCACCUAGAUCCUUCACCCUGCCCCCUGCCCCCUCACUUGCCCUCCUUGUCCACCCUCAGUGGACAGGGCCUGGCUAUUUUUGCACUUCACAUCGGUAUUGCUUGUUCCAGGGUCCCAGGUCGAUCUUGUGUGGAAUUCCACAGCCAAAGCCCAGGACUGACCAAAGCGUAGGCUCCUCUGAUCUUGCCCAGCAUCCCACUGGUCUGCAAGGUGCAGAGUCCGCCAGUCCCGUCCAGCUCACCCUGGUGAACACUUCUGACUGGCUCACGCCACUCCAUCUCCACUUCCUUCUCACUUUCCAAAUUCGCCUCACUCAGCACCCAUGUCUGACCCACAGGUGGAAGGGGGUUGGGGGCAGUCAUUUCUGGGAUGGAGCCCAGGAGAUUGGGUGUCUGAGCUAGGGCACUGGGUGCCCAUAGCCUAUAUCCUGCCAGUGCUGACUAUAAUUAGCAGGCCGGGCGCUGCGGGGUGGGAGUGAGUUCCCGAGCAUAGAGGGCAUGCAAGUGAGACAGCGAGCAAAAGGCUGGUGUCUCCUGAAGGUGACUAAAAGGAUGGGGUCAGGGAGGCAGGGGUGUGGGCAUGGGUACUGGAGAGUCCACACACUUGGCUACGCCGUGUGAGCCCCUCUAGUGCACUGAGUAGCCCAGCUACUCUAGCCUUGGCAUGUUACCUUGGGGUGGUAGUGGGGCGUUGGUGGCGGGAGGACUGACAUUUGGAAGGGCUGGAGACCUGGUUUCGGCGCCCUUCUCUCUUGCAUCUGCUCACCUGCAGCCACCCAGCAAAUCCGGGCCAUGAGCGUCGGGGGCUCGGCACAUCCUCCCUCUGACUUGGAGUGCGCUUCCCCUCCAGUCCAGAAGAACGGCCUCGGGCUCCCCAUGCCCGCCCACAGUUCUCCCUCCUGGCCCCCGUCUCCGGAUGAGGACCCUGCUUUGCCUCGCUUCCCUCUGGAGGAGCCGGGCCCCCGGCCCCCGGGGCCAGGAAAUCUCCCCUCUCCAGCCUUGUCCCUGGAGGAAGAAGAGCAGGAGGAAGUGGAUGAGGACGAUGAAGGCGCGGCGGAGAUCGAGGGCAUUCGCAGCGAGGAGCAUCCGAGCCAGUUUUUCGCCGAGGCGCGGAGGCUGCGGGAGCAGAGGCUGUUGCUAGAUGAGGAGGUGUCGGUGGGCGGGCGAGUGUACGGGGCGCACCGGGUGAUCCUGGCCGCGGUGAGCAGCUUUUUCCGAGAGAGGCUGCGGGCGGGCAGUGGAGGGCCUCGGCCCCCCUUCAGCCUCGCUGUGGCCCCCGGGGGCUGGGAGGCCUUGCUGACCUUUGCCUACGAGGGGGUGCUGGGCCCCGCCCCGCGCGGGGAGGUCGUGGCGGUGGCCGAGGCUCUGGGAGCGCCCCGGGUGAAGGCCGCGGCGCAGCCGAGACGCCAGGGAGCUGGAGACGCAGGGGAGGACGACGAGAAACCCAGUCAGGCGGAGGAGCUGCAGGAGAACCUGCGCAGCAUCGAGCUCCUCUUCCGAGAGGGCAUCGGCUGUGACCUGGAGCUGGAGGCUGGCGGCUGCCGGCUGCAGGUGCACCGAGCAGCCCUGGCCUGUGGCAGUGAGUUCUUCGGGGCCAUGCUCCUGAGUGGGAUGAGAGAAUCCCAGGGCACGGAGGUGUCUCUGCGCACCAUGUCCUCGCAGGACCUGCGACUCCUCGUCUCCUUUGCUUAUUCUGGGGCUGUGCGGGCAAGGUGGCCAGGACUGCUGAGAGCCGCACAGGCUGCCCUGCAGUACCAGAGCUCUUCCUGCCUGGACGUCUGUCAGAAAGCCUUGGCUCGAGGCCUCAGCCCUGCGCGUUGCCUGGCCCUGUACCCCAUGGCCGAAGCCCCUGGACUGGAGCGGCUCUGGAGCAAAGCCCGUCAGUACCUCCUCACCCACCUGCCUGCUGUGGCGUUGUGCCCCACUUUCCCUUCUUUGCCAGCUGCCUGCCUGGCUGAGCUCCUGGAUAGCGAUGAGCUCCACGUGCAGGAAGAGUUUGAAGCCUUUGUGGCUGCACGGUGUUGGCUAGCUGCCAACCCUGAGACCGAAGAAUCCGACGCCAAGGCCCUGCUGCAGUGUGUCCGUUUUGGCCGCAUGUCGACUAGGGAACUUCGGAAGGUGCGGGCAGCGGGGCUACCCUCACCUCUGCCCCCAGACCUGCUGCACCAGGUCAUGGUGGAGGCUGAGGUCCCAGGUCAACAGAGGUGGAGGGAACCUGAUCAAGCACUGGUGGUGAUUGGCGGGGACGGGAUCAGACCAGACAUGGCCCGAAGUCAGCCAUCUCAAAAAGUGUGGUGGGCCCGGGCCUUCCGCUGUGGCAUGGGACUGGUACGGACUGUGGAGUGGGGGCAGCUGCCUGCCUUGCCUGCCCCAGGGCGCUUCAGGCACGGAGCUGCAAGCCUAGAAGGAAGUGAACUCUAUGUGUGUGGGGGACAGGAUUUCUACAGCCACUCCAACACUCUGGCUUCAACUCUCAGGUGGGACCCCAGUCAAGAGGACUGGGAGGAGGUGGCACCUUUGUGCCAGGCCCGGAGCUUUUUCCCCCUGGUGGCUCUGGAUGGACAACUUUAUGCCCUGGGAGGACGAUGCAAUGGUGCUGCCCUCAAUUCCGUGGAGACCUAUAACCCUGAGCUCAAUGUCUGGAGGCCAGCACCUGCGCUUCCAGCACCAUGCUUUGCCCAUGCAGCUGCCAUUUUGGAGGGCCGCUUGUAUCUGAGUGGUGGCUCUAGUGGGAAUGGCCAAUUCCUCGCCUCAUUGCUGCACUAUGACCCCAAACUUGAGAAUCCAGGAACAUUUCUGAGCCCUAUGGGGGUGCCUCGAGCCGCCCAUGUCAUGGCUGCUCUGGGUGGGCGUUUGUAUGUAGCAGGAGGACUAGGAGAGGCUGGGGACCUGCUGAGCUUUGAGGUCUAUGAGCCAAGGACUGAUAGCUGGAGUCACCUAACACCUCUGCCCUCUCCCCACGUCGGGGCUGCAGGUGCUGUGCUGCAAGGGGAGCUACUGGUGCUGGGGGGCUACAGCCACCGUACUUAUGCCCUCUCCCACCUUAUCCAUGCCUAUUGCCCUGGGCUGGGCCGGUGGCUCUGCCUGGGAACUCUGCCGAGGCCUCGGGCCGAGAUGCCUGCCUGCAUCCUGACUCUGCCCACAGUGCAGCACCUGACUUCGACUCCCACCCUGCACCAAACCAAACCUGCUGGGUGAAGGGUGAGCAGCAGUGUGAGGGUGGGAGGAAGGGGAAAGGAAUAGCAUAGGAGAAGGGCAGAGAUUAUGAGAGGAGAAAGAGAGGACUUUGUUCUCCUUAGUAUUUUAUUCUCACAUAGGACUUCACAGCUCAUAAAUUGCUUUUGUACAUUUGAUCUCCACUGAGGAAAAGGUGGUUGCAGAACUCCUGAGGAUGGGAAGACAGCUCGUACCUGGGUGAAGAGAGGAGGCCCAGGAGCGACUACGUAGGGGCUAGGGACUCUUGGUGGGGAGAGUGGACCUGGUAGGGAAGAGAGUCAGGAAGCUCCAGGAGCCAAGGAGUAGGAGCCAUGAGAAGACAGUUGGAGAAAUGAGUUGGACUCAUGAGUCAAGGAGGAAAUGGCGGGAAGGCCGUCCAUGGGUGAGUUUGAGGAGUGUGGGAGGGAGGACUUCAAUUUUCAGCCCUUCUCGUUCCCAGCACCUGCUCCUACCUAUGCUCCUCCCUCUGGACAGUAUUCCUUGUCAGGUAGUUUUGUAGGCCUGCUCUAGGGUUUCCCCAGCCCAGUGACCACAGGCUGCCCUGGGGCACCGCUUGGUUUCUGUCUGAGGCAGAAAUUCCCACCAGGAGCUGGACAGCACAGGGAGCCUGAGAUGCCUCAUGGGCCCUCCAGGGCGAUGAGCUGGGAGUGGUGUGAAGGGGGAAGGCAGGGAGGCAGACUGAGGAGGUGCCCGCGUGGAGAGGGGUGACGUUAGGUUUCAGGGCGUGGGGUGGCUUCUUUCCUUCCCUGCUUCCAGGAGAACUCGGGUAUCAGGAGUGAACAGAGAGGAGUUACAGCAUGAGGUCCCAGGUUGUAAGAGGAGGGAGUGGAGAGAAGCGCGAGAGGCAGAGACGACCCGGAAGUCAUUUCCCCUUUUAGUUCCUCUCCCCCAGUUAUUUUUAACUCUUUUCUUCUAGAUUUUUUUUUUAAAAAGAUUUAUUUAUUUGAAAGGCAGAGUUACAGAGAGGCAGAAGGAGAGGAGAGGAGAGGAGAGGAGAGGAGAGGGGAGGGGAGGGGAGGGGAGGGGAGGGGAGAGGAGAGGAGAGGAGAGAGGAGAGGGGUCAUCCAUCUACUGGUUCAUUCCCUAAAUGGCUGCAGCUGCCGGACCUGGGCAGGGAGGGGAGGGGAGGGGAGGGGAGAGGAGAGGAGAGAGGAGAGGGGUCAUCCAUCUACUGGUUCAUUCCCUAAAUGGCUGCAGCUGCCGGACCUGGGCAGGGAGGGGAGGGGAGGGGAGGGGAGGGGAGAGGAGAAGAGAGGAGAGGAGAGGAGAGGGGAGGGGUCAUCCAUCUACUGGUUCAUUCCCUAAAUGGCUGCAGCUGCCGGACCCGGGCUGAUCUGAAGCCAGGAGCUUUUUCCAGGUCUCCCAUGUGGAUCGGAAGUGGAGCAGCCGGGACUUGAACCAGGCUAGCACUGCAGGCGGCGGCUUUACCAGCUACCCCACGGUGCCAGUCCCCCAAACAAUCCCGACACCAAAUGCCUGUCCCAAGCCCCAAUACAAGUUUUGUGGUGAAUUUAGAGGUAUGGACAAGUUCUAUGAGAGACCAGAGGAGAGUUGUGGACUCUGCCCAGGGUGGGCUUCUGUUAGGGAAGGCACCAUCAAUUGGGUGUAGUUUGAAUUGGAUUUUUUUGAAAAGAAACCUUUUAUUUAAUGAGUACAAAUUUAAUAAGUACAACUUUAGAAAUAUAGUGAUUCUUCCCACCAUACCGGCCCUCCAGCCUCACCUCCUCCUCCUUCUCCCAUUCCCAGUCCCAUUCUCCAUUAAGGAAAAAACAUACAAACAAACAACAACAACAACAAAGAAAAAACAAACAAACAAAAAAAACAAAAAACCCUGUUCCUCCACAGUCAAGACAAGGGUUGUUGAACUGGAUUUUGAAGGCUGCUCAGAAAUUCAGCAUCAGAGGAGGAGGCAUGCAUUCCAGACAGAAAGAAAGAUGUACGUGGGGCUAUGCUGUGCUGUUUCUCCCUGGCAAAAGGGAAGGCAGCAUUGCAAAGGGCUUCACACAACUCUGCUGCUGCUGCCGGCCUGCCCUCUUCUCCAGAGCCCUUCUGAAGACGGGGUGCUCCCACCCCACCACUCCCUACGUCUCGCCUGUCGGCAUUUCCAUUGCUGCUCCCUGGCAAGCUCGGGGCAAAGUGCCAGUGCUUUGUAGAGGUCGAAUUUUUAUUCCUGUUGUUUACUAACAUUUCCAUGCUCCUAAGGGGGUGAUGGAGGCUCCCUUGACCCUUUCUUCAUUCUGGCUGCUGAAGUACUGGAUUUGUGUUUAUUCAUUCUUUUGAGCUUUCAGUUUUUCCUUUUAUAUUUAUUUAAAGGGAACAGAUUUCAUGUAUUUUAUAUAUACAGUUUUAAGAAUGUAAUACUUCCCACCCUCCCUCUUCCUUUCUUCUUUUUCUUUUUCUUUUUUGUGAUGACAUGCUUUCAAUUUACUUUAUAAUCACAAGCUUAAUCUUCCACUAAAUAAAGUCUUCAGCAAGUAGUAAGACCACUGUUCCUCAGGAGUAUAGACAAGGUAAACAGUAAUCAAAUCUCAAGAUGUCAAUUGCAUUCUUUUGUACUCUAUAUAUUAGUUAUCACAAAUCAGAGAAAACACUUUUUUUGGGGGGACUGGCUUAUUUCACUAAACAUAAUGAUCUCUAAUUGCAUCCAUCAUUUUACUAAGGUUUUUAUAUUUCUGUUUAAGUUAGACUAAGCAUGUAAUUAAAAAUGAUGAGGCUCAGUAAGACGAGAUAGGACAGGGAAGACUGAAGAAGAAAGGGAUGGAGGAAAUCGGAAGAGAUGAGAAACUAUAAGGAUUGAAUAGGUGUUUUCUUUGUGGUUUGUACCUAAAGACAGGCUCAAAUAAAGCUUCCACAGAGAUGAAAUCCUUCAUGUCUGAGUUUCUGUACCAUAAAGAACAUUCAAGGUAAAAUCCCCUGGCCUUUGACUUCUGUCUCUGCUGCCUGCUGAGAUCACCCUCCCUCCUUUGUCGUCACAGCCUUCUUAUUAACUCUACUGCUGAUGACCACCUCAUUCUAUUCCAUCUUUCUGCCGGAAUUGACUGAUUUGAAAACUGUCUCUUAACCCUAAAAAUGUUUCUUCCCUUGGCUCCAGAGAUAGGACAUUCUUCUGGAUUGACAGCCUUUUAUUUCUCUAUUCCUAGGGGCUGGCAAAUUAUAGUGUCCUGGGUGGGAGUGGGGGCCCUAUCUGAAAUGGAGCUGAUAGCUAAGGGACCAAAUAUAUGUGGAUGAGGGUAAUCAGUUGCAGAAGAAUCCAGCUUGCAUUAUUUUGUGUUAAAAUUCAGAGUGGAAUAGUGGGGUUAGGAGAGAAGAGUAUGUCUGAUUUGAAGCAGGGUUCCCAAUCAAUGGUUCGUUCUUCAGUGAGAAAGGAUGAUAUUGGAAGGUAGCAGAUUGGAGCCCUACCCAAGUGGAGUGAGAUUCAGCACAGUGUUUCAACCCCAGAAAGAAAGUGGAAUUGGGAGAGAAAGCACAAUCCUCUAUCAACCUUCUUUAUUGGUGAAUUAAAAAAUUUUGAUUUUAUUUAUUUAUUUGUUUGAAAGGCAGACAAAUGCACGCAUAGAGAUAGAAAGAGAACAAGGCCCUAUCUGUUGUUAGUUCACCCUCCAAAUGCUUCUAACAGCUGGGGCUAGGCCAGGCAAAGCCAGGAGUUAGAAACUCAAUCUGGGUCUCCCGUUGAGGUUUCAGGGACACAACUACUUGAUAGUAGGAUAGUGCUAGUACCUGUGUAAAGUGUAUAUAAGGCUUCUUCCUCCAGUGUAUAUAAUGUUUCUUUCACCAUCGUGGAGAAAGACACACGCAGAAAUCACAAAAAUACAAGGCAAAUCAUGAGAAGUGCUAUAUUAGACUAAGGAGCAAAGUGCCAGUGAUGUGGGUGGAGGGAGGGAUCUGAGGCCGCUUCCUGGAGGAGAUGGGCUUUGAAGUGGGAAGGGCAGGCCUCUGAUAAGAAGCUGGGAGGGGAGUGAGCUGGUGGGAAACAGAAAGGCCGCUGGUUUUUACCUGAUUUUGAGAAUAAUUACCUUUAGAUUCACAGUAUGUUUCUGUUUACUAGAAUCACUGCCAACUUUAAAGCGUCACGUGGGUUGUGUUAUACGAAAGAGUUCUCACUCCUUGGUAUACUGGCGCCUCAGAGGAGCCCUUCUGGGCUUCUGAAAGCAGCAGAAGCCAAUCGCCAGAUUACAGGAAGCUCAAGUCUUCUCCCUUCUCAGCCCUCAGACUCAAAAAACCAUGCAUUUGGUCUGUGAUUUCUUUCUUUUUUUUUUUUUAAGAUUUAUUUAUUUACUUGAAAGAGUUACACAGAGAGAGUAGGAGAGGCAGAGAGAGAGAGAGAGGGAGAGAGACAGAGAGGUCUUCCAUCUGCUGGUUCACUCCCCAGAUGGCUGGAGCUGUGCCGAUCCGAAGCCAGGAGCCAGGAGCUUCUUCCAGGUUUCCUACACGGGUGCAGGGGCCCAAGCACGUGGGCCAUCUUCCACUGCUUUCCCAGGCCACAGCAGAGAGCUGGAUUGGAAGAGGAGCAGCUGGGACACAUUAGUAUCACAUGGUGUCUUAGUUUGUGCUGCUAUAAUAAAAUACCUGAGAUAGCAUACUUUAUAAGUAAUAGAAAUGUAUUUCUCACACUUCUGGAGAAGUGCAAGAUCAAGGCUCUGGCAUUUGACAUCUGGUAAGAAAUUUCUCCCUGCAUUUUCACAUUAUGGAAGACAGAAGGGCAAAAAUGGGGGCCUUGCUUAUUUCCUCCAACACUUUUAUUUCCAUUUAGAAAGGCUCAGCCCGCAUGAUUUAAUCACCAUCCAAAGACUCCAUCUCUUAGUAUGCCACAUCUCCACCAAGUUUCUUUCUUUCCUUUUUUUUUUUUUUUUAAAGAAAGAUUUAUUUAUUUAUUUGAAAGUCAGAGUUACACACACACAGAGAAGGAGAGGCUGAGAGAGAGAGAAGUCUUCCAUUCAAGGGUUCACUCUCCAUACGGCCUCAAUGGCCGGAGCUGCGCUGAUCUGAAGCCAGGAGCCAGGAGUUUCUUCUGGGUCUCCCAAGCAGGUGCAAGGGCCCAAGGACUUGGGCCAUCUUCUACUGCUUUCCCAGGCCAUAGCAGAGUGCUGGAUUGGAAGUAGAGCAGCUGUGACUUGAACCAGCAUCCAGAUGAGAUGCUGGCACUGCAGGCUGCGGCUUUACCUGCUACACCACAGCACCGGCCCCUCCACUAAGUUUCAACAUAUGAAUUUUGGGGAAUACAUUCAGUUCAUAGAACCUGGGAGGUUUCAAAAACUAGAUUCCUGGGUCCUACCCUGGUGAUUAUGAUUUAAUUGGUCUGCAGUAUGGCCUGGGCUUUGGAAGUUUUAAAAGAUUUAUAAGUUGUUCCAAUGUGCUGGCCUUGCUGGUCUUAAAGCUCUUUCCCGAUGGAACUAAUGAGAAAAUAAACUCUAGAUCCUCAUAAUCAAUGGGGAAACCACCACAAGUUGGCCUGUUUCCUGUGUCACCAGUCUCUUCAGGUCAGAGUCAUGGGCUGUAUCACGCUGCAGUCAGUGCUGGUCUGCGUGCAGGGUGGUGGUUCCCUAAGGCUAUGUUGUCUAAUGAUGUAACCAUCUUAGUUUGGGUAAGUAUGGAUGUUCAUACGGUGACAUAAUCGCCUAAUGUCACAUUUCUUGUUGAUCAAUACAUACUUAUUGCAUAAUGAUGGAGCUGCUUGCAAAUGCUGUUCCUUCACUGUUGGGGCAAGUAGUUCCUAAGUGAACCACAGAGCCGGAGGCCCACAAGGUGGGACAAUUAUCGAAGGACUAUUCCAAGGUGAGGAGGAUCUGACCUUCCAGAAGAAGUUCCUAUGUGAACGCCUUCCUCUCCUCGCAUCUUUCUCAAUAUGCUCCCCCUGCAAUCACCUUGCACAUUUUUCUCAGGUUUCCCAGGACUCCUGUUUCCAUACCGAGCCUAGACGGCCAGCGGUGGUUUCUAAUGAGGGUGGUACUGCCCUCUAGGGGGUGUUUUGAAAAUUUGUGGAGGCUUUUAAAACUAUCUUGAUCUUCACAAUGAUUAGGACUAUUUGAGGCAUUUGAUGAAUAGGGUCCAAGAUUGUUAUACAUUCAACAACUGUGCAAAGCACUCUCACCUGAUGAGAGCAUUCCUGCAUCUCCAAUGUUGAACGACUUAGUCAUGGGAAAACCACUGUGGGGCUGACAUCAUGGCAUAGUGUUUAAAGCUGCUGCCUAUGACUCUGGCAUCCCACAUGGGCCCCCAUUCAUCUCCUAACUGCUCCACUCCCAGCAGUGGAAGAUGGCCCAAGUGUUUGGACCCCUGCAACCCACAUGGGAGAUCCAUGUGAUGCUUUUGGCUUUGGCCUGGCUCAGCCCUGGUUGUUGCAGCCAUUUGGGAGUGAACUAGUAGAUGGAAGACCUUUCUCUCUCUCUCUCUCUCUCUCUGUAACUCUACCUCUCAAAUAAUAAAUAGGCUGGCACCGUGGCUCAAUAGGCUAAUCCUCCGCCUGCGGUGCUGGCACACUGGGUUCUAGUCCCAGUCGGGGCACCGGAUUCUGUCCCGGUUGGUCCUCUUCCAGUCCAUCUCUCUGCUGUGGCCCGGAAGUGCAGUGGAGGAUGGACCAAGUGCUUGGGUCCUGCACCCACAUGGGAGACCAGGAGAAGCACCUGGCUCCUGCCUUCGGAUCAGCGCGGUGCGCCGGCCGCAGUGUGCCGGCCGUGGCGGCCAUUGGAGGGUGAACCAAAGGCAAAGGAAGACCUUUCUCUUUGUCUCUCUCUCUCUCACUGUCCACUCUGCCUGUCAAAAAAAAAAUAAUAACUCAAAUAAAUCUUAAAAAAGCAAAACAAAACAAGAAACCCAUGGUUCUAACUUCAUUUAAAAUAUGAACGCAAAGCAUUUUAUGCAUAGUUUUAAUGUACAUUGAACUUUCUGGGAAUGCAAGUAUCCUGAAAAUCAUGGAACAAUAUGAACACACAGCAUUUUAUGCGUGUGCAUAAGGAAUAGUCAUACAUUGUUUUGGUUGAAAAUCUGCCAAAAGUUAUUCAGUCAUUUGGAAAAUCUGUUAAGGUUUUUGAAUCACCAUUAUAAAAUGCCUGUAUCACUCUGCGUCCAUAUCCAUAGUUAUUAUACUCAGCCUGAUUCUAUAUAGAGAUAUGUGCACCAAGCAUCUGCAUACCACAUUGUGUCUUCUUGAAUGUUAUGACCAAGAAGUUAUAUAUAUAAACACAUGACAUUUAAUAAUAAGUCACCUUCCUCUACUACUAUUCCUUUAGAUCUCUUUAAGACAUUUUAUUAAUUUUUAAAAUUAUGUGUGUUGAGGUAAGUUACAUAAUUUAUGUAUUGUGUUUUAGGAUAAUAAACAGCAUAAAAAUAUUUGCUACUAAAAAGGGGUUUCUUAGUUUAGGUUGCCAUGCAAAUUACCACAGACAGUGGUUUAAACAACAAACGUUUAUUUCUCAGAGUUCUGGAACCUGGAAGUCCAAGAUCAGGGUGCCAGUGUGAUCUGAUUCUGGUGAGGGCCCUCUUUCCUGUUGCAGACUGACUUUUCAUUGUGUUCUUACACGGCAGAGUGAAUUAGCUUUCUGGCCUCUCCCUGUAAAACCACUGAUCCCAUUCAUGAGGGCUCCACCCUCAUGCCCUCGUUUUAUCUCCCAAAGACCCCACUUACAAAUACCAUCACGUUGGGAUUAGGGUUUCAGUAUCCAGAUUUUGCUGGGUACAUGAAUGAACACGCCAUCUGCUGCAGGAAGUGUGGGGACUGUUGGGGUGGGUGAUCAUGGAGACGUCUAAGGAAGGAAGGUGGGGUCUGGUUCACUUAGUAGAGAAGCCAGGAUGCCCCAGUUGUGAGUUGAAGCUCAGCUACCUGAGACUCAAACCUUCGUCCCUGCGGAAAGCAGUGAUAGUUUCUAGAAGACGGCUAGUGAGUUUCACAUGAGCGACUCAUAGUUCCCCUGCUACUAUCUGUUCAGCUCUCUUCUUCAUGACAUGGUGUCACUGGCCAUCGCCCUGAGCAGCCCAAAAGUCUUAGUUGUGAUUUAUUUCUACUCCUUGGAGACCUGAAGCACUGAUUUUAACAAAGCUGUAUUUCAGGUCUUCAGUCGCAUUCAGGGGAGAGAUGAAAUCAGCAGCCACCACCCGGGGCAGAUGGGUCAGCAGCUCUCCAAAGGUCACCUCUGCCUCCUUCUAACAGUAAGAGCUUCACUCUAGGGGGAGCUGGCCUUAUUACUGUAAUAUGUGACGUUUGCUGGGGCAUGUUUCUGAGCUUCCACCACACAGGUGGUGAUGAGAAUUCCCCCUCUUGUAUGUUCAUUUCUCCCUAAAAUAAGAGAUAGUCAUUCCCCCUUGCUCUGGAAACUACAGCUUUGGAAAUGGUUCCCUAAGGUCUUUUUGUUUGCCGCAAAUAAAUGGCUUUGUGUGACAAUGCCUUUUGGUGUGUUUCUUGAUUAGACUCACCAAGAAGCACGCUCACAGUUCUGUGUGGGUAAGAAGGGAACCAGCAUUAUCAUUCUAAGUGUCACUUGUCUGCUAAAUACGGUUCCAUUCUCAGGGACAGCUCCGUGUGAGCCAUUCAGGAUGGCUCCACACAGGUAACUGGCAGUCCACAGAUCUCUCCUGUCAUCCCCCGGAGACUGGAGGAGGGGAGGGACAUGAGCCCAGUUCACCCUGCUUGAACUAUUUGCCGUCUACACCUGGUGACAGCCCAUUGCUUUGGACUUUCCAUUUCAAGUCUGUAUUCCCGAAUUAAGAAUCUAGAAGCCAAAAAAAAAAAAAAAAAAAAAAAAAAAAAAAAAAAAAAAAAAAAAAAAAAAAGAA